AAAAAAAAGAAAAAAAAAAAAACUUAUUAUAUAAAAUAUGACUAGACCAUCACCAAAACAAAAAACUAUACCACCACUUGUAUUACUAUCAUUUGCUUUGAUUCAUUCUCAAUUCUAUUGGCUUUAUUCUGUUAUUUAUCAUCUAUGUCAUAACUUAUCUGAUAGACCUGUGGAUUUAGAUCAAUCUGUUCUUGAUGCUCUUACAAAACGUUCAGGUAGAACAAGAGCUUUUUCUGAACCUCAACAACCUUCUACUAUUAUUCUUCAACAAAGACAAGCUAUUACAGCUACUUCUUCUAAAACACGACCUAGAAGUACCACUAUAAGUGCAACUACUGUAGAUGCUGAUGCUCCCCUUAGAAAACAACAAUGGGUGAAACAUGUUCAAGCUUGUAUUAAUCAACAACAAUUGAUGGAUCCUACUGAAAAAGAUUAUAUUUUGGAUGAGAGAAUGGGAAGAACUCGUCCUCCUCGAUGGUGGCAACGAACAAGAAAACAUUUAAUUCGUCAAGAUAAAAUGGAUAGUGAUAUCAAUAUUCAUUCUACACUCUCAUUACCCGGAACAACUCACAUAGAUUCUGCAACAACUUCCACCAAUAGUAAACAAUCACAACCUGUAUCACUCCUGCUUUCCGCCACACAAUCAUCUUGUGAUCCUCAACAACAUAUUCCCAAACCUAAUGAUAUUAUUUCAUCAUCAUCAUCAUCAUCAUCAUCAACAACAACAUUAUCAUCACCAACACAACAUUGCAUUAUAACUUCGGCAUCUUCAUCAUCAUCACCUCCUUCUGUCAAUCUGCCAACAAAACCUUUUAUGGAAUCAUCCAAUCAAGAUUUAUCUACUACGACAAUCACUACAAAUGAUCCAAACAACAACAACAAACGUCGACCCUUAGCGAAAAUUAGAUCUGUUUUUAUAAAAUCACAAAUCGAACCGGAAAAGGUACGGUCUCAGUUAGAUCGGAAGAGAAAAACAAUCCUUGGCAUUCCUUCCCGAUGGUCAUCACCUCCUACAAGUACUACCAUUACGACUAAAUCAACAACAAUGGUCACAAUGACAAAUCACAGUACUUCUUCACAACCAUCAACACAAAAACAACGAUUAUCAGUUAGGAUCAAGGAACCAAAGGAAUCAUCACCAAAGAAAAGAUUAUUUUCUUCUUUACCAAAUUGGAAACGAAUGAAUGGAAAAUUAGAUAGAUAGCUUUUUUUUUUUCCUCCUUCCCUU